AAGAGAGAGAAGAUAGAGGAAAAAGUCAAGUUUACUUUUAUUAUUUUUCCUGCUUGUGCACAAAAUACAAACAUAAUAAAAAAUAAACUCGCAAGCUGAAACUCAAACUUACCCUGCACUUGGAUUACUGAGAGCAGCAUCAGCAUCAGAAGCAGCAAGGACUUCCAGCAAGGAUACUUUUGGGCAAUAAAAGUGCAAAUAAACAUGUAAAAGGACAUAAAGAUGCCAAUGAAAGGAGCAGGACACAUGCCACAUACUCCAGUUGAAAUGUGCUUUUUAUGUGCGCAACUCUGCAAAGUCAAAGCCAACUAAAGGCUCGCUGGCGCUUCAUUAAAGUCAAAAGCGGAAGCGGAAACGGAAAUAGCCAACAACGAACAACACAAUACGCAGCAGACUGCGUGUGUGUGUGUUUGAGUUUAUUAACAUCAGCUUCAUCAGCCAACUCGGAAUUGCUGUGUUGUUGCCAUGUUUUCAGUUUCGAUUUCAGUUUCAGUUUCAUUGCUUUGACUGUGUUUCUUUUUUUGUUUUUUCUGCGGGCCAAAUUCGAAGCUCUCUCGCUGCACAUAAAUGACGAGGCGUCUCUGCGUUCGAGCACAACGCAAUGACAGCCAUGCAGUUUUUAAUAACAGCACCACACGAAAUACCAACAACAACAACAGCAACAAACAUGCAACCAACCACAGCAACAACAACAACUACAACGACAACAACAACAUCACGGACAUAUGGACAACGGCAACAACAGCACAACACACAUCGAAAAUCACGCAGAAGGUGCACGUUGCUGUUGUCCAAGUUGAUGUUGCCACUGCCACAGACGACGUUGCAGCUGCCACUGUUGCCACUGCGAUUGCGCUUGGAUCUGGACACUUGCAAAACGGUUUCAAUAGUCUGCCUUGUGCUGUUGUCGCUGCUCUGCCUGCUGCCAGCGAGCACAUUGGCAGAGGAGGAGUCACAGGAUUUCCAAAAGAACAUACCCGCACGUCUGGUUUGGGCCGCAACUGGGAAGACCGUCGAUCUGCCCUGCGAUUUGACGCCGCCAACGCCGCAGGAUUCGGUGAAGUUGCUGCUUUGGUUCAAGGAUACCACCGGCAUACCGUUGUACAGUCUGGACUCACGAGGUGGCAACGUAAAGUUGGCGCCACAUGCGGCCAUAGCUAGCGAUCUGGGUCAACGUUUGUUCUUUAGCAUCGGCGACAAUCCCAAGGAUUCGCGCCUACAGAUUAAGGAUGUCAAGCCCGAGGAUGGCGGCGUCUAUCGUUGUCGCAUCGAUUUCUUCAACUCGCCCACUCGCAACUUCAGGCACAAUCUGACUUUAGUCGUGCCGCCUGAGGAGCCGCGUAUCUUUGAUGCGCAGGGCAAGGAAAUCUCACAGAUGGCGGGACCAUUCCGCGAGGGUUACGAGCUCUUUCUUUGCUGUCAAGUGCGGGGCGGUCGACCCCCGCCCAAGGUCACCUGGUGGCGAGAUGGCAACGAGCUCAUCGGCACCAGCCACACGUCCGUCGAGGAGGGUGCCACGGUCAUGGUGAAUCAGCUGCUCAUUGGCACCACAACACGAGACUAUUAUGGGGCGCGCAUCGAGUGCCGAGCACAAGGCACGCGACUGCUGGAGCCUGUUGUCAAGGAUGUGACCGUGCAGGUGCAUCUGAAACCCAUUCGAGUGAAGAUAUUGACGCCCAACGAUCUGCUCACAGCUGGACAUCCGAUGGCCAUUCGCUGCGAAUCGUGGGGUUCGUAUCCAGCGGCCAAAAUAGCCUGGCUCUUGGAUGGUGAGCCCAUCCGCAAUGCUGAGGUCACGCUACACAGUGACAAAGAGGAUGCGAAUAUCACGACGAGCAUUCUCACGCUGAAGGUGACUUCGGAGAACGACAAUGCGGAGCUGACGUGUCGCGCUACGAAUCCCUGGUUCUCUGGCGGCGCCAUCGAGGACAAACGUAUCAUACGUGUGGCAUAUCCGCCCACCGUGUCGGUGCAUUUGGCCAACGAGGAUCCCAGUCGUAUGGUUACACGUGCCGAGGGCCAAAAUGUCACGUUCAAGUGUCGUGCUGAUGCGAGGCCUCCGGUCACCAGCUACUCCUGGUUCAAGAACGGCAUGCGUAUGUCUGGCGAGAGCACGGAAAUCAUGCACUUGACACAGCUGGAGCGGGAGAGCGCAGGAGCGUAUGCUUGCGGGGCAACGAACACCGAGGGGGAGACGCGCAGCUCGAGUCUCACACUAAAAGUGCAGUUCUCGCCACGUUGUAAACCAGGCACAGAGCAAACCUCGAUUGGAGCCAUCAACAUGCACUCGAUACAGGUCAAAUGCGAGGUGGACGCCGAUCCGCCCGAGUCGGUGAGAUUCAGUUGGACCUACAACAAUACACGCAACGUGUCGCCGGUGCUCAACUCGAGGAUACAAUCGAAUGGCCUCACCAGCACUAUGACGUAUCUGCCGCAAACCGACUCCGAGCUAAUAACUCUAGCCUGCUGGGCCAGCAAUGUGGUUGGCAGACAGACGGCGCCAUGUCUCGUCCACAUAUUGCCAGCAAAUGCACCCGAGGCACCCAAGGCCUGUGAACUCCGCAACGAUACCGUCCUCGAGGUGGUCUGUGUCGCUGGCAGCGAUGGCGGACUCUCGCAGUACUUUAUGCUCGAGGUUGUGGGCGGCGAUUUGCUUUAUGCCAGCGAAUCAUCAUCGGCUGGCAACCGAGGCGGGCAAUUCGGUGAAACGCUUGGCAAUGCGGACAAUGAGAUAUCCACGUUGAAUGAUCAGGCUACAUCUGCACCCAUCUUUCGAAUGCAGGAGAACAGUCCACAAUUUCGUUUGAAUAAUUUAGAGCCGGGACGUGAAUAUCAAUUUUUAGUUUAUGCCGUUAACGCCAAGGGACGCAGCGAGCCGCCGGUGGUGAUUGAACGUGUGCGCGUGGCUGCACAACUGGGACCAUAUGAUGAAUCCAUACUCUCGGAGGAUCCGACGCCCGCGGAAACCACGCAUCAUGUGGGCGGCGGCAUCGUUGGUGGCAACGGCAAGGGAGGCGGCGUUGGGGGCGGUGGCGGCGGUCUCUCGUCGGUUGGCGUCGGCGCUGGCGCCAGCAUUGGCAGCGGACCGGAGAAGCAAUCGACGCUGCUGAUACUCGCCGCCGUUGUGGCGAUAGGCGUCGUCAUUGUGACGUCAAUUAUCGUGGCCGGCAUCGUUGUUGUCUGUCGGCAUCGGCCGCGGCCACCUGAGCCGCAGGAAGUGCGCAAGAGCAUGCGGCCGGCGCGCAACGAUGUGCCCUCGAUGUACAUUGAGGAGGACGAGCUGAACGAGCUGGAGGAGGGCGGCGGAAGAGCGGCGGAGAUUCGAGCGCGCAUCACUCCGCAUCAGGCCACAUCGCAUCUGUGCGGCGGUGGCGUUGGUCCGGGCGGUGUUGCCCCGCUGGGCGGUCCAGGUGCCAUUGUGGGCGUGGCCGGGCCGCAUCAUUACAUCUCCGAGAGCUUCAUACAGUACGCGCAGCCCAGUCUAAACGGCGAUGUGCUGCUACCUUUGCUUGUUACAGCCACAGCGAGUCAGCCGAGCAGCCAUCGUCGUUACCAUCGUAGUGCUGCCUCAGCUGCCACAAUGUCGGACGUGGUCGUGGCCAUGCCACAGCCAGUUGCAGCCAAGCUUUGUGCAACAGCUGCCAAUGCGGCCGAUGCAUCCGCCGUCGCCGUCUCCGCCGCCGCCUGGCCACCCAAAUACCCGGAUCUGAUAUUACCGCGCGGCGAAUUGGAAUUUACGACUCUGGAUCCCACGCUCAAGUAAUUGUAAAAAGUAAUAAUAUCUACCACACACACACACACACAUAAUCCCUUCAUCCCUGGAUCUGGAAUUCGCAGCCCUGGUUCACGCUGAUGCACUACGAACAAGAACAACAGAGCAUCAUCGUAAUUCACGGGCGUUUCAUUUUAUCGUACAUAGCUGUAAAUUUUUAGCAUAAAUUUAAAUGUAUUAAUGUCGAAAGGUAUAACAUAAGUGCAUCCUCUAUGCAUAUAUCCUUGUCUGCGUGCGCCGAAACAACAACAAAAAUUUAUAUAUACAUACAACAGCAAAUUGAAAUCAAAGUGGAAAUGGUAAGGGAAAAAUAGCAAUGAACAAAAAUAAGUCUGCCUUUGCCGUGCUCUAAUCGAAAAAAAUAACUGAAAUCAAAAAGUAAAUUUUGUAAAUAUCAUUACACACACACAUACACACACACAUUUAUAUAUAUAUACAUUAACACCCAUCUGCGAACAGUUGAGAAUCAAAAAGAAGAAAUAGCCUCGACAUCAAAAUGUACAUACUAAAAAGAAAGAGGAAUGAAGAUAACCGGGCAACCAUUAAUCAAACUGCAUUUAAAUGUUGAAAUAAAAUUUAAUUAAUGAACCAUUUUAGUUUGUAAGCUAGUUGGAUAGGCGUAAAACAAGUUUAGUCGCUAGGCAAAACUAAAUUUAGACUCAAAGAGCGAAAAACCAGGACAAGAGCAUAAUUGCAAAUAGCAAGUAGACUAUAAAUAAAUAGUAUAUAGAAGAAGGAGGAGGAGAGAAAGGAGUAAAUUUAUUCACGGAUGUGUGCGUAUGUGUAAUAUUCAAGAAUUUAUUACUGCAAAACUGAUAUCAAUAUUGAUUAGCCAAUACUCAGUUCACUGGCCAAGAGGCGGGCGGGGUCUAUUUGCAAUUGAAUUUAUGCAAUUUUCAUAAUAGAUUUGUGAAUAGGCAAAGUGCUGGCCAAGUUAGCAACUAUUUAUAUAUGAAUUCAUGAAUAUUCCAUUACCAUAACAAAAGCCAGGCUGGGCUGGAAAAAGUGAGCACAAAACUUCGCAAGUGCAUAAUGAAUAAAUGUUAAAUAAAUUACAGGCCCAAAAAUACAAAAUUAAGGCAGCAGAAACCGAAGCAGA